AUGCCUGCACCAGGCGAUCAGCACCACACAUGGAAGAAUCCAUUCGAGGACGAGAAGCCGCGGAUGUCGAUGUGGACGGCACAGGAGAUUGCGACGAUUGCCUCGCGGCUGGACAAGCAGCUGGGGCCCGAGUACAUCUCUGCGCGUGCGGGCCCCGGAGGGCAGCGUGUGCACUACCUGACGGCGGAGAAGUGCAUCACGCUGGCCAACGAGGUCUUUGGCUUCAACGGGUGGUCGUCGUCGAUUCAGAACAUCCAGGUGGACUUCGCCGACGAGAACCCGCAGACGCAGCGCGUCAGCAUCGGCCUGUCCGUCAUUGUGCGCGUGACGCUGCGCGACGGCACGUUCCACGAGGACAUCGGGUACGGGUCCACCGAGAACACCAAGGGGAAGGCCAUGGCGUUUGAGAAGGCAAAGAAGGAGGGCACCACCGAUGGGCUCAAGCGCGCCCUGCGCAGCUUCGGAAGCGUCCUGGGCAACUGCAUCUACGACCAGGAAUACGUUAAGCAGGUCGUCAAGCACAAGGCUCAUCCCGUCAAGAAGUUCGACCCCAACAACCUCCACCGCCAUGCCGACUUUGUCGUCGUCAAGGACGAACCGAAACCUGCUGCUGCUGCUGCUGCUCCUGCCCCCCCUACGGCGCUCCCUCCCCUCACAGCUCCUGCUGCCGCUUCCAGACCGCCACCGCCGCAACAACAACAACAACAACAACAACAACAACAACAACAACAACAACAACAACAACAACAACAACAACAACAACGACAACAAAAGCAGCAGCAGCAGCAGCAGCAGCAGCAACUGAAAGCCGAGCCUUCGGAAUUCUUUGAAGACUUCCUUGGAGAGCUCGACGAGGCCGACUUCUGCGUCCCCGGCGACGGCCAUCCCGACGAGAUCGUCCUCCCCGACGAGACUCAGACCGCGAAACCCCCACCACCACCGCAACAGCAGCAGCAGCAGGCUCGCCACGACAACAUCGUAAACGGCCCACCGCAAACGCCGAAUCACAAUAUUUCGAAGAGGCCGACGGUGGGUAUUCCCCAACAGCAACAAAACAGCCGUCCCCCUACCGAAGGAGCGAGUGAAGCACCUACCGUGGGCUUCUUCUCCGCCAAGGCAGUCAACCAGCUCCCCGAGUCUAGCUUCUCAGGCCAGCCCAACGGGGGAAUGUUGACGGCCCCACAAGCCCAGCACGUCUUCAACCCCAAGCUUGAGAGCCCGUCUAUCCGCAAGACGCCCGGGAUCGACCACAACUCUUCCAAGCCCGUGUCCCGCGGCGGCCAGCACGUCCCACCCACCACCAUCACGAGCAGCCAGGCCCAGCAGCAACAGCAGCAGCAGCAGCCCCAGAUAGCCAACUCAAGCAGCUUCACCCCCGUGCGGCCAUCGCAGGCCCGUAUGGGUGGCAGCGGCGGCAACGUCAUCAACCCGGCCCUCGACCAGACUCGUCGUAUCGGUGCCCCCGGCGGUAUGGGCAGUCCUCUCGGCAACCGCGGUUCCUUUCGUCAGCCUACCAUGAAGAGACCGCCACCAGCUGGAGAGGCCAACAACGGUACUCGACCAGCACUUGCUGACCUCCCGGCUAAUUCGGCAGGUGUGCCCAACGGCCCGGGCGAUGGCACGGAUGCGAAGCGGCAAAAGACGACUUGA